AUGGAAAACCAGUUCUUUUUGAAUGCUGGAUUUGAACCGUCACUUCAUUCUUCAAAUUCUCCAAUGCCAACAUGGCAAUCACUUUCUUCAUCCAUGGAAGUUCAACCGCCACUUCUGAAUUCUUCCUCAAACCAAUCCCAAGGUUGUUUUUUCAACCCGAAUUGGGAAAAGUCAACGGAUCAAAAUCUUAACUUUGAUUCAGCACUUAGUUCAAUUGUCUCGUCUCCUGCAUCACCGCCAAUCGAGAAUCCUAUGAUGAGAGAAUUGAUUGGGAAAUUGGGAAGUUUUGGUGAGAUCUCACAACAACAUUCUAAGCUCAACAACGUUGUACCAAUGAUGAACCACUUAGGAGGAAAAUCAAUACCUGAAUUUUCACCUGAUCCUGGUUUUGUUCAAAGGGCUGCAAAAUUUUCUUGCUUUGGUAGCAAGAGUUUCAAUGAGAGAAGUACUAACCAGUUGGUGAUGAUGAACAAUGUUGAGUUAGCUCAAAGAUCUGUUAAUUUAAUGGAGAAUGGGGCGAAGUUAUUACCAAGAGUUUCGAGUAGUCCUUCGCUCAAAACAAUUGGAACUCAAAUGGUUAACAAAGAUAACAAGAAUUCACCAUUGCAACAAGAAUAUGAGAGAAUGGAAGUGGCUAAUUCUCAAGAGGAAUCUACAAUCUCAGAGCAAAAUACUCCAAAUGGUAGUGAAAUUGGUGCGAAAGCUUCACUUGAUAUGAAUUCAAGGAAAAGAAAAAGUUCUUUUAAAGGAAAAGCUUCAAACUCUUCCAAUCCUACCAAGGGUGGUGAACACUUAAAUGCAAAGAAAAGCAAGUCAAAUGAGGGUGAGAAAAAUGAAAUUGGUGGCAUAAAUAUAGAAGAAGAUUCCAAAAAAGAUGCUACUAAUGAAGGGGAAGAGAAACAGAACAAGAGUAACUCAAAAGCUCCUGAACCUCAAAAAGAUUACAUUCAUGUCAGAGCAAGAAGAGGUCAAGCUACUGACAGUCACAGCCUUGCCGAACGCGUUCGACGAGAGAAAAUAAGCGAAAGAAUGAAACUUCUUCAAGAUCUGGUACCAGGUUGCAAUAAGGUUACUGGAAAAGCACUUAUGCUUGAUGAAAUUAUAAAUUAUGUUCAGUCAUUACAACGUCAAGUUGAGUUUUUGUCUAUGAAAUUGUCUUCUGUUAACACAAGUAUUGAAAGUGUUGUUGUAUCAAAAGAUAUAUUUCAAUCAAAUAAUUCAUUGCAAAACUCAAUAUUCCAAUUAGAUUCUCCAGCACCAUCUUUUUAUGAGACACAGAUUCAACAAAAUCAAGUUAUUCAUAGUAACAUUCCUAAUGGAAGUGGAACACAUUGCUUAGUGGAUUCAUUGGAUUCUUCUUUGUGUCAUAAUCUUAGCAUGCAUUUACCUUCUCUAAAUGGGUUUAAUGAAAAUGGAUCUCAGUUUCCAUUAACAUUUUCUGAGGAGGACUUAAACACCAUUGUACAGAUGGGAUUUGGCCAAACUUCAAACAGGGAAACACCAAUACACUCACCAAGUUUCAACGGUUCAAAUCAAGCAACACAAAUGAAAAUUGAACUCUAA